AUGACGCUAAAGGGUCCUGACCAAGAUUCAAUAUCUGACGAGUUGGGAGAACAUGUUGUGCCAAUCAUAAUAUAUAUUUUUUUAAUUCCUGUUUUACAGGUUAAUGUGCGCGUGACUACUGUGGAUGCGGAGCUGGAAUUUGCCAUCCAACCCAACACCACUGGUAAACAGCUGUUUGAUCAGGUGGUGAAGACUGUGGGUCUGCGUGAGGUCUGGUUUUUUGGCCUGCAGUAUGUGGACAGUAAAGGCUAUACAACGUGGCUGAAACUGAAUAAAAAGGUAACACAGCAGGAUGUUAGAAAGGAAAACCCUCUGCAGUUCAAGUUCCGGGCAAAGUUUUUUCCAGAAGAUGUUUCUGAGGAGCUAAUCCAAGAGAUCACACAGCGUCUCUUUUUCUUACAGGUAAAGGAAGCCAUUUUGAAUGAUGAGAUUUACUGCCCUCCGGAGACAGCAGUCCUACUGGCAUCUUACUCUGUUCAGGCCAAGUACGCAGACUACAACAGAGACAUCCACAAGCCCGGUUAUCUCACCAAUGACAGGCUGCUACCACAGAGAGUUUUGGAACAACAUAAACUGACUAAAGAACAGUGGGAGGACAGGAUUCAGACGUGGCAUGAGGAACACAGGGGUAUGCUCAGAGAGGAUUCUAUGAUGGAGUAUCUGAAGAUCGCUCAGGAUCUGGAGAUGUAUGGAGUGAACUACUUUGAGAUCAAAAAUAAGAAGGGAACAGAGCUCUGGCUGGGAGUGGAUGCUCUUGGUCUCAACAUUUACGAACAUGAAGACAAGCUUACACCAAUGAUUGGUUUCCCAUGGAGUGAGAUUCGAAACAUUUCCUUCAACGAUAAGAAGUUUGUCAUCAAGCCCAUUGAUAAAAAAGCACCAGACUUUGUGUUCUAUGCACCACGACUGCGAAUCAACAAGCGCAUCCUGGCUCUGUGUAUGGGCAACCAUGAGCUGUACAUGAGAAGGAGGAAGCCUGACACCAUUGAGGUGCAGCAGAUGAAGGCUCAGGCCAGAGAAGAAAAACACCAGAAACAGAUAGAGAGAGCUCAGCUUGAGAACGAGAAGAAGAAACGAGAGCACGCAGAAAAGGAGAAGGAGAGAAUAGAGCGAGAGAAGAAUGAGUUAAUUGAGAGACUGAGACAGAUUGAGGAACAAACGAUAAAAGCACAGAAAGAGCUGGAGGAGCAAACACGCAGAGCUCUAGAGCUUGAACAGGAGCAGAAGAAAGCAAAGGAGGAGGCAGAGAGGCUGGAGAAAGAGAAACGGGUAGCUGAGGAGGCCAAAGCAGUAUUGACCAAACAAGCAGCUGACCAGAUGAAGAACCAGGAACAACUGGCAGCUGAGUUGGGGGAAUUUACUGCCAAAAUCGCCCUGCUGGAGGAUGCCAAGAGGAAAAAGGAAGAGGAGGCAACAGAAUGGCAGCAUAAGGCACUGUCUGCUCUGGAAGAUUUGGAAAAAACCAAAGAGGAGCUGAAGUCUGUGAUGUCUGUUCCAGCGGGUGGUGCAGUGGAGAACGAACAUGACGAGCAGGAUGAGAGCAGUGCAGAAGCCAGUGCUGAGCUCUCUAAUGAUGGAGUUGCUCACCAGCGUAGUGAGGAGGAACGGCUCACGGAGACCCAGAUAAAUGAACGGGUCAAAAAGCAGCUACAGGCCUUGAGCUCAGAAUUGGCCCAGGCCCGCGACGAUUCCAAGAAGACCCAAAAUGACGUGUUGCAUGCAGAGAAUCUGAAGGCUGGCCGGGAUAAAUACAAGACCCUACGCCAGAUCCGCCAGGGCAACACCAAGCAGCGUAUUGAUGAGUUUGAGUCCAUGUGA